AUGUAUGACUCAAAGGUUUUGAUGGAUACGUUGGGAAAGGGGCCAUUGGAGAUGAUCAAGGAGGUUGAAAUGAUUCAAAGGGACAUUUGGGCUUAUACAAAUCAGAUCCCAACCUUACUCUUUCAAUUGACGAGACGAACAACAAACCAACUUGCAAAUCUGAUUGCCAAGCAAGCAAGUAGAGGUUUGAUGACUCCAUCUUGGGUUGUAACCCCAACAGGCAAGAUUCUAGAGGUACUCCACAUAGAAGCUAGAGAGGGCAUGGGAUAG